ACUUGUUGUCAGACAGACUAACGAAGUGUUAAAGUGGUGUACUUGUAUAAAUGUUUAAAUGUGAGUGUGGAUUUGUUUUCUUUUUUUAUUCGUCUCCGGUCCACGUGUACACAGCCUUUAAAUAGCGCGAUAAUGUAGUCCACGCUAUUCAAAUGAGGAAAAAUAAGCGUUUUAUAAUUGCUUGGCGGAUCAUAGAAAGUGAAUGGCAGGAGUCAAUGUACACGAUGUGAUGAGAACGAUGCUGCGUUAUUUGAUAGUAUAAAUGCGCAGUCACUGUCGGUAAAUACAUUCCACGCGUCGUACGAGGCACACGCACGCGCACACAGUGAGUCCUGCCUGGCAUGUCCGCUGCGCUGCUGCUGCCUUUCACGUGAUCUGAGGUCUCUCCCGUGCACAGUCAUGCGGAUGACAGCGACAGAAAAGAUGGCUUAUUUAAUGCCUUUGUGUUACACACUUACUAUGUGGCUGACUUUCAUUCACUGCACUAAUGCACAUCUCUGGACACAAGAAAAGUUUCACCAUCAAGCGGCCCCGCUCACACCUGAUGAGAUCCAGACCGCCCUGUCCCACACGGACCUGGCCCAGAUGUGGCAGAGGGACCUGAGGCCGUUGCUUGUUACCAGAUAUCCUGGAUCUACAGGCAGCCAGGCUGUGCAGCAGCAUAUUAAAACAACCCUGGCUUCCCUUGGAGCAGGCUGGCAGGUGACAGAGGAUACGUUCAUGUCACAGACACCCUAUGGCCCGCUUCCCUUCACCAACCUCAUUGCCACCCUCAACCCAUCAGCCAAGCGCCGCCUGGUGCUGGCCUGUCACUACGACUCCAAGUAUUACACGCAGCAAUGGCACGGCAGGGAGUUUCAAGGCGCCACGGAUUCUGCCGUCCCGUGUGCCAUGAUGCUGGAACUGGCACGAGCCCUUGAUGAAGAGCUGAAAAGUCACAAGGCAUCCACCCCCAGCCUGACCUUACAGUUGCUUUUCUUCGAUGGCGAAGAAGCUCUUGUCCAGUGGACUCCUAUUGACUCCCUCUAUGGCUCUCGUCACCUGGCACAGAAGAUGGGGACCACCCCGCACCCCCCAGAAGACGCAAGCACCAAUCAACUGGACGGCAUAGAUCUGUUUGUAUUAUUGGACCUGAUCGGGGGCCCCAGUCCACGCUUUGGUAACCAGUUCCAAAGCACAACAUACUGGCUCUCCCGACUGCAAAACAUUGAAAAGCGUCUGCACUUUAUGAACCAACUUGAAAAUCAUCUUGAUGAGGUGGAAUAUUUCUGGCCAGAUCACCCAGUUGGUCAAAUUCAAGAUGAUCAUAUUCCAUUCCUUAACAGAGGUGUCCGCGUCCUACACAUAAUACCCUCCCCUUUCCCUGUCGUGUGGCACACAUUUGAGGACAACGAGCAGAACCUGGACCGUCCCACCAUUCAGAACCUCAACAAAAUUUUACAGAUUUUUGUCCUGGAGUACCUCAACGCCAGACCUGUCCCUCCCACAAUUUCCCCGUAAAACGUUCACAUUUACCAUUUUUUAGGAAUUAUAUGUAUUUCUUGGCUUAUGAUUUGAGAUGUAACAUUUUGCCUUUGGCCAAAACAACUGCAUUCUUUUAGAUUACAAACCUAAACAUAGUUUGUUUUGUGCUUUUUUUAUGUGCAACUUAUUGAAUUUUGUUUAGCAGGUCACACCAUACAGUACAAGCUAUUCUGCAUGUGAGAUGCCUACAGAGUGGUACCUCGGUUUUUGUACACCCAACCUUUUGGAUAUUGUUCGGCCAAGCAUUGCACGUAACAAACUAGUCGGCGUGUCAUUCCACGGAAUUGAGCGCCCAAUCAAAGAACUUUGCACGCUAUUGGCUUAGUUGCUAUGCUUUUUUUUUUUUUAAAUAGAGCAUAAAUGCUAAGAGCAAUGCAGUCAAAUAUGUCAUUAACUGUUAGAAUGCAGAGGCGUGCAGGAAAAACAGAGCAAAUCCAAAAGCAAAAUAAGAAAUACAAACAGACCAGAAAAGUAGAAAAAAGGCAACAGGAGAUGCAACAGAUUGCAUGUAGUAGAGAUGGGAAUCUUACCACAACUCACGAUUCCAUUCCUUUCCGAUUCUUGUGGUGACGAUUAGAUUCAGAAUUCAGAUUCUCGCAAUGUAUAAUUUGGUAUAAAAAUGAUCAUAAAACAUAUUAAAAACAGGUUACAGGAUUGCCUAAAAACCUUAGUUUUUCAAAAUGUAUUGUAAAAAAAAUGGCCACAAACGAUUUUUAAAAAUUGUGAAUCAAUUUAGAACUGCGCUUUAAAUGUGAAUCGAUUUUUUCUGAACAUCCCUAGCAGCUAGCACGGUGGUUCUCGAAUUUUUUCUCACCAAGUACCACCUCAGAAAACACUUGGCUCUCUUAAGUACCACCAUAAUAACCAACAUUAAAAUAUAGUCACGUACUAGGCCUAAGUAUUCAUUAAAACAAAGCGGAAGUUUUAUUUAACAAGUAUAUUUAAAGUUUUUGGCCACUGUAGCAUAACACAGUUUGAAUAGUAACAUUGUUUGAAUAUUGGAAAAUGAAACAAUUAGCGUACAAGUUGAUGUAGCCCGCGUACCACUAGUUUGAAAAAUCACUGAUCUAGCAUAAAUGUUAUACUCUGAACGGUAAAGUAAUGAAACACUGGGCUUAAGAGCACUCCUGAUUAGCGGUUACAGUACAAACAGGAGUAAAUGGAAUAUGUGCUGUCUGUACACUUGCAUGGUGGUUGUUGGCGUGACCCCGGGAUGCAGAGACAGGGGGUGAUGUGUAUGUAAGGAGGUUUGAUUAACAAAAAGAAGGAAAAGGCACACCAGGAAUAUAGUCACAAUUGACAAUGAGCCAGAGUGGCAAGGAAGGCGAGACUGACACAUUAACCCUCCUGAUUAGAGUCCCCUCAUCACUAAUUAAGAGCAGGUGUGGACAACAGCGCUCAGAAACAGUGGUGAAGUCACUGCAAGACAUAACCAAAACAGGAAGUGGUACAAAAAUAUAAGCGCUCGACAGGGAGGAACACUAAACACAGGAAAAACCAUACACAAAAACCCCAAACUAUCACGCAGAUCAUGACAUGUUCAACCUAAAACAAGAAACAGAUGUAACACAAUAAAAGUAAAUGACUGUCUAAUCAAUGAAAAAGGGACACCAAAAGCCAUACCCUACCAUGUGGAGCCAGUACUUUGAUAAAGAUGGUAAACAACAACACUGAAUUCAACUUGUAGCUUAACUUGUCUUUGCGAAGCAGUGAUCAAUAAAGGUCAAAGUUAUGUUACAUAUUUAUUUCAUAAUUUAAAGGUACUUUGCAUUGUUUUCUGCAGGUAAAAUAUAAUGGCAAUGUAGAAGAAAUAUUAUUGGGUGUCUGGAAUGGAUUUAUCUUAUGGGUUCUCGUAAACAAUCCUGUUUCCGCCUGAUAUUUUGGAACCGAUGACUAACGAAUAACGGAGGUAUCACUCUGCAAUCUUUACUUUGGGAAUGGAAAUGUAAACACAAUGAUUGACAAAUCACAAAAUAAAUGAUCUGUCUUUGUUUAGAUCAAUUCCACUAUUUCGAGGCAAAUUUGGAGAGGGACAUCUUAAAAAACGUCUUCCGUUGUUGUGACGUGUCGUCUUAUGCAUGAAUGCUCAACUGAAAUACAUCAUUCAUAACCAGACUCAUAAUGUGUGUGUUUUAAUUAUUCCCAACUGUAAAUCCAUGCAGUGUUUAUGGAGCAAAGCAGUCAGGAGGAAGUUGACUUAUUUGUAUUGCAACAGCAUCUUUAUCCCCUCAUAUCCUGUCUUCUUAGAUGGUAAAACAAAAAACUUCCUGUGCUAUGCUUGUCUUUAUUUACUUGAGAUUACUAGCCUGAUGGUAAUAAUGUACAAUAGCUGAACUCCUUUUCUGUGUAUCGUGACUCGCAAAUAAAUGU